AUGGAUACUGGCGUCAUUACUGCUCUAGCUAGGACAUCCUGCCAGCGCUGUCACAAAAGGAAGAAGAAAUGCGAUAGGACUUUACCGCAGUGCGAUAACUGUAGAACCGCCAAUGUGAACUGUAGCUUUUUAGAUGCAGACCAGCAAAGUGGCACCUAUCCCAUCGCCUUUGUGCAAGGGCUUGAAGCCAGGAUCCAAGAAUUAGAAAGGCAGCUCGCAUUAGCGCUAGAAGCUAUACGCGAUCGACCAGGCUCAUCAUCAGACAAUGGCCAGUCCGGAACCCAAAGCAUCGGAAAUUCGACCCAGCAAGCUCCUGUCGAUGAAGGCCUCGGGAGUACUUUCUCCCCCUUUUCCAUUCAUGGCCAAGAAAUGUCAUCCGUUGAACAUGUGCCAGCUAUUUCUAUGGCCAGAGAGCUGAGGAUUCUUUCCUUGGAAGCGACGGCAGAGCGACAUCUUGGAUCAUCUUCCGGUCUAUCUUUCGCCAAGUUAACACAGACAAUCCUCAAACGUCUAACACCAGAUCGGGCAGACUUCGUUUUUGGAAUCUCCCAAGGGGAUGACAUACUAGGACAAAUAAAUUGGGAUUCACCACCAGAUUUCUUUCAUCCACAUAUGAUGAACUUCCCAAAUAUCUCUGGAUUUGGACCGACGUUGUUUGGGGAUAUGUCUUUAUCAAGCAUCAUAGAGCCUUCUGGGUCUCUAUCGGAUCUGGGCUUGCCUACAAAGUCACGCGCCGACCAGUUGGCAUCUUUUUACUUCGCACAUAGCCAUACUCUAUACCCGAUAAUCAACCAAAGCGAGUUUCUCGCCUUGUUAAAUCGCAUCUACGAGCAACCUCUAGAUCUCUCUACCAUGGAUCCUAUGUCCUUAUUUCGAGUUUGGAUGGUUUUGGCUAUCGGCUCUUCAUCCCGGUGUUCGGUCUCGGUGGUCGAAGAAUCCGAAGCUUUACUGUAUUAUAACAAAGCACUCGAAUACUUCGAGGCUGCGUUCGAUUAUGGUGACAUGGUGCGCUUCCGUUAUUCUUCCCGACUACAGUAUGAGGCUAAUGUGACUAAGGUGGCACUAGAAACCAUCAUGCUUCAGGUCUCCUUCUCCUUUUUCAAUCAGCUUGGACCAAAUACUUGGUUUCUAGUUGGCACGGCAGCUCGUAUGGCUAUCGGCUUGGGUCUACACACCUCGUCGGCAUAUGAAAAAGUCCCAUUCAAAGUUGCAAACAUGAGAAAACGGAUAUUCUUCUCUAUCUAUAUGAUGGACCGUGUAAUAUCCAUAGCUCUUGGACGCCCAUUUGCGUUACAAGACGACGAUAUAGAAAUCGAUGCCUUUAUCGAUGUAGACGAUGACCACACUGGUGAUUCCAGUAUCCAGAUUGAAGAUAAACUAGAACCGUCGCUCAUGUCCAUUCCACGACACAUUUUAGACUUAAGAAGAAUCGCUAGUAAGAUUAGCAGACAAGUAUAUGGCAAUCAAGCAACAAUACGGAUAAAUACGCCUCACCGGGAAGAGAUCAUACACUCUCUUCAUAAAGAGCUUAUUGAUUGGCGGCGCAACAUGCCGUUUCCGCUCCCUGACGUUCACCCCCGAGUACCUCAUCUCUGCAGUAACUGGUAUGAUUUCAAUUACUAUUUACAUACAGCUAUGCUCUAUAGACCUUCUCCCCUAUUCCCAACUUUGGACCAAGCCAUGGUCAAGAAACUCGCGAAUGCCGCGUCGAUGUCUAUCCGGCAGGCCUACACCAUGCAUCGUCAAAAACGGUUUGCCUACAAUUGGCUCAAUCUACUAUCCCUAUUUAUGUCUACUAUCUCGUUGAUAUACGCAUCUACCGUUCAGCCACAGGAGCUCGUCAGUUAUUUGCAGAAGGCGCAAGUGAUUGAUGACCUUGAGCUUGUUCUUCAACUAUUCGACAAGUUAAACGGUAAAUUCUCAGGUGCUAAGAAUAUCCAAUGCAUCAUUGAUCGAGUGCUUCGAAGGUAUAAGGAAAUGUGUAAUAUGAAUACGCCGGGCUAAAUAUGGUAUAGUUUAUGAUGGAUUCUGAAGUUAGCUCUUGGGAGGUUCUCGGGCGAUAAGCGGUCAAAUUUGGGUUGGAAUUGGAGUUAGGGUUAGGGUUGGGGUAACGGCUAACCCUAGGGUAAAGGGGUAAAAAUGACCAUUCAACAUUAUUCGCAUUUAACACGCCGACUGUCAGCAAAGACGCUUGCUUUAUGU